AUGUUGGAGAAGAUUGGAUUACCAGCAAAGCCAUCAUUGAGAGGGAACAAUUGGGUAGUUGAUUCUUCACAUUGUCAAGGAUGUUCUUCUCAGUUCACCUUCAUCAAUCGCAAGCAUCACUGUCGAAGAUGUGGGGGCUUGUUUUGCGGAAAUUGUACUCAGCAAAGAAUGGUUCUACGUGGUCAAGGUGAUUCACCUGUGCGUAUUUGUGAUCCUUGUAAGAAGUUAGAGGAAGCCGCACGUUUUGAGAUGCGGUAUGGACACAAGAAUAGAGCUGCAAAAGGAAGUUCAAGAAAGACGGCAAAGAACGAAGAUGAUAUUGUGAACGAGAUUCUAGGCAAUGAUGGAAAGGAAUCUUCUUCAUCUGGACAACAGUCCAACACGAACCUGGUUUCUAGCGUUCAAAGGGCAAGUAGCAGUGCUUCAUAUUCAAAUACUCAACAAGUUGCUGCUCUGGAUGGCAGAGGAGAAAUGCAUAGAAGUUAUCCUGUUGAUGAGCUCCAUCAUGUAAAUAGUGAGGUGGGAUCAACUACUCCUGAGGAAAUACGGCAACGAGCAUUGGAUGAAAAGAAGAGGUAUAAAAUUUUGAAAGGUGAGGGGAAGUCUGAGGAGGCUCUGAAAGCCUUUAAGAGAGGAAAGGAGCUUGAGAGGCAGGCUGAUGCUUUGGAAUUGUCAAUUAGAAAAAAUCGUAGGAAGUUUUUGUCUUCUGGCAACACAGUUGAGAUUCAGAAUGAAGAUGGCCUCAAAGAGUCUGUCAGAAAAAGUAAACGCCUUGCUCAAGUCAACGAAAAGGACGACCUCACUGCUGAACUCAGAGAACUGGGUUGGUCUGACAUGGAUCUCAACAACAAAGACAAAAAACCGAUGAAAAUGAGUUUGGAGGGCGAACUGUCCUCUCUUCUUGGAGAAAUCUCUGGUAGAACUAAUAAGGACACAGGAAGCAGUGGCAUUGACAAAACCCAGGUUGUUGAACUUAAAAGAAAGGCACUAGCUUUGAAGCGUGAAGGAAAACUUGCCGAAGCCAAGGAAGAAUUGAAGAAAGCGAAAGUUUUAGAAAAGCAGAUUGAAGAACAGGAGCUGUUGGGUGCGGAUGAAGAAUCUGAUGAUGAGAUAUCUGCUUUAAUCCGUAGUAUGGACAAUGAUCAAGAAGACAAAUUAUUAGCUGAUUCUGAGCAGGAUCACGGUCUUGAUUUUCAUCACCUUGUGGGCACAGCUGAUGAUCUAGGUGUUGAUAGUAACUUUGAAGUGACAGAUGAGGAUAUGAUGGAUCCAGAAUUAGCUGCUACGCUUAAAUCAUUAGGCUGGGCUGAUGAUUCUGAUAGUUCAGAAACCACUGCUAUCCAGUCUGUCUACACUGACAGGGAAACACUACAAAGUGAAAUUCUUUCACUGAAAAGAGAAGCACUUAAUCACAAACGAGCAGGUAAUGCUGCAGAGGCUAUGGCAUAUCUAAAGAAGGCAAAGUUGCUUGAGAGGAACCUUGAAAGCUUGGGGGGUGAAAUGGGCAGCUUAGUUGCGCAAGAUCCCACAACAAUGAAGAAAGAUUCACCUUCUCAAAAUACUACUGCAAAGAACAAUGUGAGUUCUAAACCUGCACCAAAGAGUAGAUUGAUGAUUCAGAAAGAGCUCUUGGCUUUGAAAAAGAAGGCUCUUGCUUUGAGAAGGGAAGGUAGAUUGGAUGAGGCAGAGGAAGAGUUGAAGAAAGGAAAGGUUCUUGAACUGCAGCUUGAAGAGAUGGACACUGCUUCAAGCGUCAAAGAGAAUCAGGUGGCUGUUGGGGGUAAGAACCCAGAUUUGGAAAAUGAACGUCCUGGUAUUUCUGGAAACCCAACAAUUAGAGAAGGGGAGGAGGAUGUAACAGAUCAAGAUAUGCAUGACCCAGCAUACCUUUCGCUUCUAAGGAACUUAGGUUGGAAAGAUGAUGAUAGGGAGCAUGCAAACUCUGCAUUUAACCCUCCCGAGGAAAGUGAUAACCUUUCUACUCAAACAGCCAAUCCCUUAGUCACUCUGUCUGCAUCCAAUAUCUCAUUGAGGACACCAAGAAGAAGUAAAGCUGAAAUACAGAGAGAGCUCUUAGGUCUGAAAAGAAAGGCUCUUACUUUAAGACGUGAAGGUAAGACUGAUGAGGCAGAGGAAGUGCUAACAGCAGCAAAAACACUGGAGACCCAGAUUGCAGAGAUGGAAACACCAAAGAAAGAAAUUCAGAUUGAGUCUAACAGGCCCAAGGAUGAAAUUACCGGACCUAUUAGUGGUGCAGCAGAGGAAGGAGAUAUAGAUGAUAUGACAGAUAAAGAUAUGCAUGAUCCAUCACUUCUCUCAAUGCUAACGAAUUUAGGGUGGAAGGACGAUGUAGAUGAAGAUGAAGCUGUAGCCGUGCAACCAAAGCCAUCCAAACAAGUUUCAGAUAGUUUGGUGCAUUCUACUGAUCCAUCUACAAGUCAACUCUCUUCCAGCAUUUCAGCUGCCAGACCAAGAAGCAAAGGUGAAAUCCAGAGAGAGCUCUUGGGUUUGAAAAGAAAGGCCCUUGCCCUUAGGCGUAAAGGAGAAACUGAAGAAGCUGAGGAAUUGUUGAAAAUGGCCAAGGUAUUAGAGUCCCAAAUGGAAGAACUGGAAGGCCCAAAGAAGGAGUUUUUCCCUGAUGCAUCCGAAGAUAAAAAAUCUCGGAGUUCAGAAUCAUUGAAUAACUAUGAAAAGCAGAAUAAUGUGGACAACACUGUGGAAGCGAUUGAAAAAUUGGCAGCUGCAGGUCCUAAUGAAAAAGUUAUGGAGUCAUUCACUGGUUUAGUAAGAAAGGGAAGCAACACAACUGCUUCUCCCUCAUGGAGUCCUGAUAUUGUUAAUGCAGUGCCAUUUGAGCUCAGUGAAGACAGCCGUCCAUCUGUAGGAGACUUUGAUAUCUUGGGUGAAAUGGGAUCCUUAAGCAACUUGGGAAUAAAUCAGGGCACCGAGUUCUUUCCUGCACCUCAUCAGUCUACGAAUGUAAUGGAUUUGCUGACCGGUGAUGACUGGAGUAGCCCUCCAAUACCAGCCAAAAAACUUGAAGAUAAAGUCGAUUUUGGUUCUGAUAUAUCUGGUCUGCCUGAGCCUCAUGUUCAUGUUGGUUCCUUGAGAAGUGGCCCUGAAAAUCUCAGAAGCAAGGAUGGAGAAGUCAAUUCUAUUUCUGAUGUUUCCCAUUUACCUGAUCCUCAUGUUCAAAUGGGUUCCUUGAUAACUGCAUCUAAAAAUCUUGGAAGCACAGAAAAUGUUAGAACCAAAAAGAGAGAAGAAACAGUUAAUUCAGGCAAGAAGCCACAUGUAGAUGAAAUAGAUUCUGCUCAGGGAUUGGCUUCUCAGAACAACAAAAUUUCCCUUCGACAAGAAGUUUUGACUCGUAAGAGGAAGGCAGUUGCUUUAAAGAGAGAAGGGAAAUUGGCAGAGGCUCGAGAGGAACUUCGGCAGGCAAAGCUGUUGGAGAAGAGUCUUGAGGUAGAGACUCUUGAGCCUGUUAGUGGUAUUCAUGAUGGGUCAACAUCUGUGUCAAAUGCUCCCCCUGUUAGUGGUAUUCAUGAUGGGUCGACAUCUGCAUCAAAUGCUCCCCCUGUUCAUCAAAAGGAUCCCAGUGCCCCACAUUUGGCUCCAAAACCAUUGUCCGGGCGUGAUCGAUUUAAGUUGCAACAGGAGUCAUUGAGCCACAAACGCCAGGCCCUAAAACUGCGGAGAGAAGGCCGGGUGGAAGAAGCAGAAGCUGAGUUCGAAUUGGCCAAGGCUCUCGAAGCUCAGUUGGAUGAGAUGUCUUCUAAUGACUCUGCAAAGUCCUCUGUCAACGUAGCAGAACCUGUAGAUGAUGUUGUGGUUGAAGAUCUUCUCGAUCCUCAACUUCUAUCUGCCUUGAAAGCAAUCGGAAUUGAAGAUAUCAGCAUCAUAUCACAAAGUUCAGAGAGACCAGGGCCUAUGAAAGUCAGUCCUACCAAGAUCGAGAACAGUAGCCAAGAGAGAAUACAGUUGGAAGAGCGGAUCAAGUCAGAGAAGGUAAAGGCAGUAAAUUUGAAACGUGCGGGGAAGCAAGCUGAAGCUUUGGAUGCUCUCCGACGGGCCAAGUUGUUUGAAAAGAAACUAAAUUCCUUGGCAUGA